GUGCCAGACUAAAAUCAUCUUUAAUGAAGAAUCAAAUCAUUUACCUUGGACUUUCAAUGGGAUCCCAGUGUUGAAUCCCCUGCUGUAAACGUCCUGGAGAUUACCUUUGACCAGAACAUGAACUUGGGCAGCCCUUUAAAUACUGCGGCUUCAGAAACAGAUUGAAGGCUAGAACGUCUGUAGUGAGUAACUCAUCCUGUGUACCCAGAGCCAGUCCACCAGCUUCAAAGCAUGUGUCAGGUGUGUGAUGAAAUACACCGCACUUAGCUGAAAGAAUGCAGCUGCAACAACACUGAAGAAACUUGGCGCCAUCCAGGAGCAGCCCACUUGUUUGGUAUCCUGUCCACCACUCAGCAUUCAUCCCCUUGGCCACCGAUAUGCAGUAGCAGCUGUGUGUACCAUCCACAGGAUGCACUGCAACAGCUCAAGGAUUAAAGCCAUGAGCAGUACCACCUCUGACAGAGACUGAUGACAACUGGGAUCACCUACCCAUACCACUCAUGAUCCUGCCUUGGAGCUGUAUCACCAAUACAGUGUCAUAAUCAUGGAGUUCUGUUCCUAAUAGUAUUAUGGAAGACCCAACACCCCAAGGACUGCAGUGGCUCAAGAAGGCAGAUAAUGACAGCGAUGUCAAGAGUGACUAAGGAUGGGAAAUAAAUGCUGCCCGGAAGAGAGAAUGUCCGGAGAAAGCGCGGUGAGUCCAGUGCCCGCAGCAUCAACCCGCACCACCUCCUUCAAAGGAGCAAGCCCAAGCUCUAAGUAUGUCAAGCUGAAUGUGGGAGGAGCUCUCUACUACACUACCAUGCAGACCCUCACCAAACAGGACACCAUGCUGAAGGCUAUGUUCAGUGGCAGGAUGGAGGUGUUAACAGACAGUGAAGGCUGGAUCCUAAUUGACCGCUGCGGGAAGCAUUUUGGUGCUGUUCUGAACUACCUGCGAGAUGGCGCAGUCCCCCUGCCAGAGACUAACCGUGAAAUUGAGGAGCUGCUGGCUGAGGCCAAGUACUACUUGGUGCAGGGGCUGGUGGAAGAAUGUCAGGCUGCUCUUCAGCAGAAAGAAACUUAUGAACCUUUCUGUAAAGUUCCUGUGAUCACGUCUAACAAAGAGGAGCAGAGGUUGAUAGCGACGUCUAAUAAGCCUGCAGUUAAGCUGUUGUACAACAGAAGCAACAACAAAUAUUCCUACACCAGCAACUCGGAUGACAAUAUGCUGAAGAACAUCGAGCUGUUUGACAAGCUGUCACUGCGAUUUAAUGGGAGAGUCCUUUUCAUAAAGGACGUCCUUGGCGAUGAAAUCUGCUGCUGGUCCUUUUAUGGGCAGGGCCGGAAGAUUGCAGAGGUGUGCUGCACCUCCAUUGUGUACGCAACAGAGAAAAAACAAACGAAGGUUGAGUUCCCUGAAGCUCGAAUCUAUGAAGAGACUCUGAAUAUUUUACUGUACGAGACUCAGGAUGGGCGUGGGCCGGAUAAUGCACUGUUGGAGGCGACCGGAGGAGCAGCAGGUCGGUCUCACCACCUCGAAGAAGAGGAGGAACGGGAUAGGAUCGAACGGGUUCGGAGGAUUCACAUCAAGCGCCCAGAUGACCGAUCGCACCUCCAUCAGUGAGGGGAACACCUCAGUUUCUGUCUGUCUGAGCCUCAGUUUCAGUCCAACUCUUAACCCUUUGUCCUGACCCUCCCUGGAGAAAGUGAUAGAGAAGAGAAAACUUUAUCACAUAAUGAGGUUCCUGUAAUGUUUUAGAAUAGUGAAUAGGUUAACAUCAAUUGGGAAAACUCAGCUCGGCUGAAGAACUCAUGAUGUGCAGAACACGGAAUGCUAAAGAAUGGCCAUGCUGCAUAACCUGGCCUGGGUAUCCCAUUUGCACGGUUAGAUUCUAGCUUUAAACGAUGCUGAAAUUAUUGAUGGAGAGGCAAUGCACUUAAAUUGUACAGAAUGUGUUCAAUGAUUACUCUUCACAGAAUAUGUAACUGAGCAGUUAAUUUAUUUUCAUUGCUUUUCUGAAAGUAACUCUUUCAAUCUUGCGGAACACAGAUCAGAAUUGACUAAAAACAGUGGAGAGGCACAGCAGGUUAAUCAGUACCUAAAGGAAAGGUUUAACAUUUGUUGAACAGUAUCUGAUACCUGACCUUUUGAAAGGUGCUGGCCCUGCCUGAGUGUUUCCAUCUUUGGGCACCGCUACUUAAGAAAAGUAGCCUUUCUUUUUUGAUGUUAAGUUACAGAUAUCACUAAGCAAACUUUAGUCUCCUUCCGUCCUAUCAAAGAAGAAUUAGGGUUUUUUUUCAUAGACUUGGCUCAUGUGUUUUAUACACUGAUAUCCUGAUUUUCAACUCGGAGGUCCUUCUGACACUUGCAUUUCCUUACAACCCUGGAGGGCUGUAAAUCUGUUGUUUCUCUUGCUAAUAUUUAGAUGAUACUAUAAUUGAUUUUCUCAGUCUUCCUUGAACAUUAAAAGAAAAUACUUUUUUUUAAAUCUUUGCCCCAAUGCCUACACAUGAUUGACUCGUAGCACUCCACUCCCUCCCCAUUGUUUACCUCUGGCCUGUUCCAGAUUCAGCUUGUUUUCACACUGUAUAUCAGUUUGACCUAUGAGCUACUGCUUGGUCAUUAUAAGCAAGGAGUUUAUUGAGGUGUUUUUAAAUCGUGAUGGAUGAUGGAAGAGCUGACUAUGAUCAUAUGCCCGCAAUCACAAGGAUGUACUUGUGCUGCAUGGUAUAAUCUUUGAACCAUCUGGAUUUGUUUGACACUUUUAUGCCUGUGGCCAUCUUUCAUUGUGAAUUGAUAUCAAUUGGAACAGAAGCUAUCUACAUCAUUCCUACUUUCAAACGUGUAUCAGAUUUCUGCCAAGCACUGAGUAAGUUUCUCUUCCCGAUCAAAUGGAUUACAGAACAGUGUAAUGCUUUGAAUGAUCAUUUCUUUUGGCCAAAGUUAUUUAUGGAGUUAACACUUAUGUUAGAUAUUCCCUUCCUUAACGGUAUCCCGUCGCUGUCUAUCCCACCUCACCACACUUCCCCUGACCCUUAAACCUGGUUAUUUUCUUGCAUUUGGAGCACACCCUGCAAUUUGGAUAGUAUUGGUGUGGAGUUUGAAGUUGAGUGAUGGGCUGAAGAUAUUGCCUGCACGGUACUACAGUAUGAGUUUGGGUGAUGCUGUGCCUAACCAUGCCAGAGGCAUUCUACUGAAUCGGCUAAAGGAACUUACUCCAGAGAUGAGUAAUAACACAGCAUUGAUAACUGAAGGAGGAGCAUUGGGGCGUGAGAGUUCCUUUCUUGAAUCCAAACCACGUCACUACUCCCGCAGUUCAGCUUGUAAAAUGUUAACACUUGCUUUUUUUUUGUUAUUGCACCCCACGUACCAUAAUUAACCAGCGAAGCAAAGCAGUUGACUGAACCUAAAGUCACCAUAAUGAGUGAAAACGAAAGGAAAUCAGUUUGUCCUGUUAUUUGGCUUUUUAAAGAACAAUGGCGUUUUACACUUUAACCAUUUGAAAUGUGGGAUAAGAAGGUGUUACUCAGAAAAACGAUUAGGUUAUAGAUUACCAAACCUGCAGUCUAUUUUAAAGAGCCUUUUGUGAUAUGUACAGUGAGGUGAUGUCUGGUGAUGCCCAGUUAUUUAAGGUGAUGAAUCCAAAACUUCUCAUAAAGCAUUAAAACUAAAGGUAGAAUACUGCUGAUGCUGAAAAUUUGGAAUCAAAACGGAAAGUGCUGGAAAAACUCAGCAGCUUUGGCACCAUCCUUGGAGCAAAGAGAAAGAGUUAACAUUUCAUAUUCACUAUGACACUUCUUCAGAACUCACCCAGUCAUUGUUUGUACUAAGUCCAGAAUCAAUACCAGGGCAGAGAUGUGUGAGGGUAAGUAUGAAUCUACCUAAUCUUUUAAGAGCAUUGACCUUUAGUAUAGACUUGAUCCACAGUGCAAGUCUGUCAAAUCCAGCUGAACAGUCUUCAGGUUUGCUGUCUGAUUUCAUUUGUGUCUGUGGAACCAUGUGUUAAGCAUCACGUUGUGAGGGGGCAAGGGAAUUUACACUUACGUGGGACCUGUAGUUAGUCACAAAGGGAUAAUGGCCUGUGUUAUUACCCGGCUAUGUGUUACAUUUUAUUAAUGAAAGCAGUUACCUCAGUGCUGACUUCUCACUGAAUCGGUGUUUUGAUACGAAAUCACGUUUAAGCUGUAAAAUAGAGGCAUUUACCAAUAAUAAACGCCAUUCUCCUCCAUCGCUGUACAUGUACCAGUGAAGUUAUGCUGGUAAACUGUAGGUGACCAAUCACUGGGGCCCAAUGAUUUACUCGAAAGCCAACAUUUUCACUUGCUUCUCCUGAGAGGCCAAGCAGCAGCUGUUUGGUAAUAAACUGCUAAAAAUGCAGCAAGCGUUGACAUAUAUGUGGGACCUUGUCAUCAUAUAGAGCCUACCAAUAAUCAGAAAAAUGUUAGAGUCAGUUGAAAAGAUUUUUAGCCAGUGAAUUUUAAUCAAUCCUUCCUUUCUUCAUUGUAAAAAUAGCUACUGUGUUUGUGUCUAUCUAAAAAAGCUGGCUUUUCUUUUCCAGUCUCUUCAAUUCUAGCCUCGUCCACCUUGAGUGCUCCACUACUACAUUUCUAAUAAGUGAAAGGAACUCCUGUGUGUUAACUUCAUCGUGACUUAUCAUUGAAGGGAAAACAUACCUCAUGCUCAGUUUUUAAUCUGACAUGACAAUAGACAGUGUUGUCUAUUAACGUAAAUCGAUUUCUGGCUGUUAAUGAUUUUAAAACAUAAAUGUGCCUCAUCGUAUUGCUUUCUUUUGUCAGCAUCAUUUUUGUCAGGAAUACUGUGAAUUUGAGGCAAUAUACCCAAGUUGACACUUCAGUGUUGGCCUGAGGUAGCGUGCUGCAUUCCCUUCCUGCUUAGGGGACAUUAGAAACUGUAUUGGAAUGCCAAAUAGACUUGGUAAAUAAGAUCAGAUUAACUGAAGGGUGUGUUUGUAUGUAAAUCUGUCUUCUAAGCUUUGCAUCUUGGCUUUUACCCAAGACUUUAUAACUACAGUCAGAACACCCAUACAUAUAAUGACCAAAUCAUUUUAUUGUCUGUUCCUAGAAGAUAGUAGGGAAACAUAUUUCCAAGUUACCACAUGCUCAGUUUUUUUAACUAUUUAAAUGAUGGGAUCGGGGGAGGAAAUUUGCAAGUUACUAGGUUUCUGAUUCCUGAAUUCUUGCCAUGUUUAAUUAGAUGUGUUGCUUGAAAAAGAAUGAACUGGACAGUUCUAAAAGCUGAAUGUGUGUGUGUGUGUGUGUUGGGGGGGUGAUGUUAGAGGAACAUGUUGAGGGGAAUGCAGAAUAGCUUCCUUCCCGAUUCUCCUCUGAAAUAGUUCAACUCAGCAUAUAUCACUGCACCUUCUGCUAGUGACCCCUGAUGCAGCUCCGCUGUUUACUUCUUGAUCUGAACAAAACCAGAAACAACUUCAAGCUGCAAUCUGAGAAUUUGGAUGAAGGUUGUAUGGAUCAAUUUGUUGAAGCUUCCCUUUAUUUCUAUCUGCAUAAAAUUCUAUUGUGUAUUGUCAGUGCAAAGUUUGAAGAUUUGCAUCUGUAAUUGGGGGAUUGUAAUUGAUUUUGUUACCAGUGACCAGCCAGUAUUUUAAUUCCAUCAGAUUUAUUCUGGGACAGGCUUUACUUCAGACCUUGAAGUCUACUCCUGAUGCCAUUAACUCUCAGUUUGAAUAUUACUGUGAAGCUGUAACUAUAUGUAACAUCUGAUCAUUUUCAUUUAUUGGCAAAGUCUGUUGAUUAAGAAGAACCCACAUUAUCAAAAGCAACAUGACUGACAUUUGCAAAUAAUUGAUGGAUGUCAAAUUUUGGUCACAGCCAUACAAUGUGAGAGGAAGAAAAUGUGUAGUACAAGUUAUUAAUGAAAAUAGUUUCAGCAGCAUAGAAAUUUAAUAACACACAGCACCACUAAGUACCAGAUAAGGGAAAGGGGAAUUAUACAGACAUUAAACACUGGAAGUGAACUGCUGGACACUUUGAUGCAGGCAGAGUAUCAAGUCCCUGGAGGUAGGUAUGUCCAGGGAAAGUUAUGGCCCAGCCAAGCAAUCCUUAAAGGAACACUAUCACCUAAAAUGAGAAGGUGGGCCUGCAUUGAGAUUAUUACAGUGGUCAGUCCUGCAGACUGACAACUAGUGAUCGUGACAAGUCACCCCUUGUUCCUGUUUUGACAUUGGAACAUCCUCAUUUCCUCAGUUUGACAUCCAUAACUGAGUUGCCAUCAUUAAAUAAUGCAAAAGACAAUCGGUAACUAUCUCACUAUUUAGCCACCUUUGCUCGGGUUGCAGUACAAUGUAUAUCACCUUGUCCCCAUGUCAUCUACCCCCAAAACAUCUCUAACAAAAUGGUUCACCAGAGAUGCUUGAGACAUUAUCACAAGCUAAAGGCAAGAAUCUUCUGCAGCUCUUACCCUUAAAAUAUUUCAUUUUGGUAUUAGUCUGUUAAUAAAUCCCCCGCUGGCACCCCACCCAGUUUUGUAUCUUCCACUCUUCACUCAGGUUCCACUGCUAUCAUUUCAGUUAGCGGUUCCAUUUUAGCAAUCCAUUCCUUGGGUCACCAAACAAUCUUUGGUUUCACAGCCCUUCAAAUAUAAUCUGCCUUUUGAUCACAUCCAGACUGAAACAGUAACCAUGAUUUUAUGAAGUAAGGAUAAGGUCAGCAAGAAAGCUUGUUCAAAGAUUGUGAAAUUGGUCCUACCUGUAAGAUAAUAAAAAUAAUGAGUUUGGAAGAUCCGAGGCAUCUUUAAGUUGGUGGUUGUCCUCAGAGACCACUUGGUGACUACUCUGGGUAUUGAAUAGAUGCACAACAGUGCAGAGGGCAGUACUCUCCAGAGGCACAUUGCUGUUGAACUAAGAGGAUUCCUCUUGGCACAAGUCUUUAAGCAGGUUGUUGGGCUUGCUACAGCUUUGUUCUACACCUAACUGGUGUCUCUGAUCUGAGACUGGAGAAUGCUUUAUUCCCAAGUACUAAUAUCCCUACUCUUCACAACCAAAAUGUGUUUUCAUAAUCAGACACAUUUGAGAACAACUGAUUUCAAAGCAGUAUUGCAGCAGUUUGUGAAUAGAAUUGCAUUUGUAAGCCCAGUCUCACCAGCACAGCUAUCUGUAAAAAAAUUUAAAUCAGUUUUUGAUUGUGUUCAAUUAAUUGUCUGAUUUUCAUUUUUAUAAUCAGUACCAGUUUAAUUCGAGUUACAUUCACAUAUUUGAACUGCCAUUGAUUGAAUGUCACGGAGGCGUAUACUGUGUUGUAAUCCAUUUUUAUUUUUAUUUUUAUAAUGUCAGUGCAUUGUUUGAAAAAGUCUGUAUUUUGUACAGUUAUAAAACUCUGCCACUUUAUUUAG